AUGCGCCAAGAAGUUGAAAUUCCGCUCUCCAUCCCCCGGCACGAUGGUCAUAAAGUUAAUCCCCCUCAUUAUGAAUUUUUAUUCGGAGCAGCAGCCUAUUCUGUCAGCGUUGUAGUUCUUUUCCCUUUGUACAAAACAGUAUUUUUUCAACAACUUGAUGGUAUUCCUUGGAUUCAAGCCUUAAUUCGCUAUCGAAUUGAAGGAGUUCGUAUGGCCUACAGAGGUGUUUUGCCACCUUUGUUACAACGGGCAUCCUCAGGAGCGCUUAUGUUUGGUGUUCAGAGUUCAUCAGAGCGUUUCUUAGUAAAUCACCCUGUGACUUUUAACUACUCACCUAUUCUGCACAAAAUUGUUUCAUCUGCACUUGCUGGGUGGUCUGAAGCUGUACUAAUGCCCUUUGAACGUGUUCAAACGCUACUGCAAAAGAAAGAUUAUCAUGACCGAUAUAAGAAUACUUUUCAUGCACUAAUAAAUGUAACUUCAAAUCACGGUGUCAAGGAACUCUAUCGCGGUUUAUCCCCUGUCUUAGUGAGAAAUAGUGCGGCCAAUGGACUUUACUUUUGUGGGCACAAAUGGCUAAAUGAUAUUCGCGUUCGUCGCACGUGUGAAAGUACUAUGGAACGUAGUUUGUGGAAUUUUGCUCUUGGUGGUAUUUUGGGAGGUACUAUCGGUAUGGUUACAUUUCCUCUAAAUGUCAUAAAAACUCGAAUGCAAUCAAAUGUUGGUGGAUCCUUUAUUGGUUUUCGCCCAACUCUCGUAUCACUAGUUUAUGAAGACUCUGAUAAACCAAAUAUUUUAAGACUUUUUCGUGGUGUGCCAGCUAAUUUCAUACGUUCUGUUUUUUCAUGGGGUUUGAUUACGAUGACUUUUCAUUUUUUAUUGGAAAUGAAUUCUAUGAUAUGCUGA